UUAUUUCCUCCCCCACCCCCACGAAACAACGGCGCGGAACCCCCUCCCCCUCUUUCUUCCUCUCUCUCUCUCUGGAUUUCUCUGCGGAGCGUUUUUUGUUUCGACUUUUAUUUUCGGGUUCGUUUGGGAAUUUAGAAAACAGUGAGAGCGAGAGAUACAGAGAAAGAGAGAAGGGAAGGAACGUUGGAGAAGGAGAAUACGGAGGAAUCAUAAUUUACUUUCUUUUAUUGCCAUAAAGUGGUAGCUGAAGAGUUGAGAAAAAAAGGGAGAAAAAUAACGUCCGUUUCGGGUUUGCUUUUUGUACGUGGUUAGGCGAAUAGUGUACGAGCGAUUUACACGGCGCGGGCGGCCGGUUUUGUUCUGGGAGAGCUGGAUUUUGAAUUGCACAUCGGGAUUUGUUGACUGGCUUCUAUCACGUUUUAAUCCAAUGGAGGAAGAGGAGGUAGUGGUGGUGGGGGCGGGGAGUUGCUGAUAUGUAUGAAUGGAAGGUGUCAGUGUGGAUUUGGUUUUUCCUCCUGAAGAACAGAUAGCAAACGAAAAACCGAUUGGAUUGAUGUGCGUCUAAAAGGCUCUGCAUGUGGGUGUGAAGAUCUGAAGCUGCGCUUGAUUGCAAAAUCCAGAGCUGAGGCUGUAGCUCUCUGCAGCUACCGUUUCUACUUUUGGUCUACAUGUCUGGAUCUUGUUCUCCGUUUUAUUUUUUGUUUCCUUUGCAUUGUGAAGGAAAUGAGUAUUGAAGAUGGAAUUCUGUGAUUCUAGGUGAAGACAUUUUGUUGCAGAAGUAUAGUCCGUACUAAAAUUGGAAGAUUUAAACUUUAUUGUUAGAUGGAUUGAAGAAACAGUUGUUUGGGUGCAAUGUUAAAGGCAUUGACAUCUGGGCUGUUGAUUUCACUGUUUAUUUUAUCGGUAUCUGCUGCCGAUGAUGGAUAUCCCCGAUGUAAUUGCGAAGAUGAGGGUAGCUUAUGGAGCAUUGAGAGCAUUCUACAGUGCCAGAAAGUGAGUGAUUUCUUGAUUGCCGUCGCCUACUUCUCGAUCCCGAUUGAGCUUCUUUACUUUGUCAGCUGCUCGAACGUCCCUUUCAAAUGGGUUCUAUUUGAAUUCAUUGCCUUCAUUGUUCUGUGUGGAUUGACCCAUUUGCUCAAUGGAUGGACUUAUGGUCCACACCCAUUUCAGCUAAUGCUGGCUCUCACUGUCUUCAAGAUUCUCACUGCUUUGGUCUCUUGUGCCACAGCUAUAACGCUCAUCACUCUCAUCCCUUUGCUUCUCAAAGUGAAGGUGAGGGAAUUCAUGUUGAAGAAGAAGACUUGGGAUCUUGGACGAGAAGUUGGAAUAAUAAUGAAACAGAAAGAAGCUGGUUUGCAUGUUCGGAUGCUUACACAAGAGAUUCGGAAAUCACUUGAUAGGCAUACGAUUCUGUACACGACUCUGGUCGAACUAUCUGAAACUUUGGGUUUGCAAAACUGUGCAGUUUGGAUGCCUGAUGAGAAGAAAGCAGAGAUGAACUUGACCCAUCAGGCUUAUGGAAGGAAAUAUUCAGGUGCCUAUAAUUUUUCCAUACCAAUUACUGAUCCAGAUGUUGCAAUGAUCAAAGUGAGUGAUGAAGUAAAUAUCCUUAGCCCCGACUCAGCACUUGCUGCUUCAAGCAGUGGAGAGUCAGGUGAACCGGGAUCCGUGGCUGCAAUUCGAAUGCCAAUGCUUCGGGUUUCCAAUUUCAAAGGGGGAACUCCUGAGAUGAGGCAGACUUGUUAUGCAAUAUUGGUUUUGGUUCUUCCAAGUGGACAACCUAGAUCUUGGAGCAGCCAGGAACUUGAGAUAAUUAAGGUUGUUGCUGAUCAGGUUGCCGUGGCUCUUUCCCAUGCUGCACUCCUUGAAGAGUCCCAGCUCAUGGGAGAUAAAUUGGCGGAGCGAAAUCGAGCAUUGCAACAGGAAAAGAGGAAUGCUAUGAUGGCAAGCCAGGCGAGAAAUUUGUUUCAAAAGGUAAUGAGUGAUGGGAUGAGGAGGCCAAUGCACUCAAUUUUGGGUUUGCUUUCAAUGAUGCUGGAUGAGAAUAUGAGUAGUGAGCAACGAACUAUUGUUAACACAAUGGUGAGGACUAGCGGUGUUUUAUCAACCUUGGUAAAUGAUGCGAUGGACAAUGCUAGGAAAGAUAGUGGAAGAUUCCCAUUAGAGAUGAGAUCAUUUCACUUACAUUCCAUGAUUAGAGAAGCAGCUUGCUUAGCGAAGUGCUUGUCUGUCUAUAAUGGCUUUGGCUUUGCAAUCGAGGUUGAGAAGUCACUGCCAGAUCAUCUAACGGGUGAUGAAAAAAGAGUUUUCCAGGUGAUUUUGCAUAUGGUUGGGAACCUGUUGGAUGUAAACAAUGGAGGGGAAUUGGUCAUACUCAGGGUUUUUUCGGAGAGUCGAAGUCAAGGAAGGAAUGAUCAUAUCUGGUCGACCUGGAGACAUAGUUCAUCUGAUGGGUAUGUAUAUAUUAGAUUUGAAAUUGCGAUAAAAAAUUGCAGUGCUCAGUCGGAGGGAUCAGUUUCAACUGCGCAAACCGGUUGUAGGAGGUAUGCCAGUGAUGGACUUGAGGAGAGCUUGAGCUUCAGCAUUUGCAAAAGGCUAGUGCAGUUGAUGCAAGGCAAUAUAUGGGUCAUUCCUCACCCUCAAGGCUUUGCUCAAAGCAUGGCACUUGUUCUUCGGUUUCGACUCCAACCAUUCAUUGCAGUAUCCAUCUCAGAACCUGGAGAAUCUUCAGAGCACCCACGUUCGAACUCCCUUUUAAAAGGCUUGCAAAUUCUACUAGCUGAUGAUGACAAUGUGAACAGGACCGUGACACGAAAGCUGCUUGAAAAGCUUGGUUGUGUUGUCACUGCUGUUUCUUCUGGAUUUGAAUGCCUUAGUGUUAUUAGUCAAGCAGGUUCUUCUAUCCAAAUCGUUCUUUUGGAUCUUCAGAUGCCCGAGUUAGAUGGUUAUGAAGUUGCAACGAGAAUUCGGAAAUUUCGUAGCCAGAGUUGGCCACUGAUCAUUGCCUUGACAGCGAGUGCCGAUGAAGAUGUGUGGGAAAAAUGUAUGCAUGUUGGAAUGAAUGGAAUCAUUCGGAAACCAGUUCUGUUGCCUGGUAUUGCCAGCGAACUUAGAAGGGUCCUGACUCAGGCAAACAGAGCUGGAUGAUGAAUCUGAUGAAACAGGCUGUAAGUUAGAGAAUUGUAGCGAUCAUGAUUCUUACAGAUCUUUUCGGACUCAAGAAAGUGAACAACAUUAUUUAGCUCCCUCAAUAACCCUCCAAACUUCCAGCACAGAGAUGUUACAACAUUCACACUCAAAAUGCUACAUACAAAAUUAGGUCA